CCUACUGGACAAAGUCGGUGAUUUGGUGUGUCAGCGGAUAACAGUGCCUCCAGUAGUUUGCAGCUGAAUCAACUCCAUGCUGUUUAACCUCUAGACCAAGAACUUUCAUGUUCACCAUAAUCAGCAAAUGACCCAACCCCUAUCUUCCUCACCCGUAUCACCGAAGGGGCAGGGAUCGCUUACCUAUACGACAGUUCUUCCACAGCGUAAAACUAUUAGUCCGUCAGGCCCAACGAGUUCUGCAUCGGCAUUGACGGGGUGCACCACGCUGUCCUCCGUGCCUCCGCCACCCAUGCCAACGAUUCAGGGGGCGCCAUUUCCAAGGACAUAUUGUGACGGUAAUCACCCUAACUAUCCACCACUUCCGGCAUCGUUCCCCAAUCCCGUGCUCGAACCACUUACGACACGUCCCGUAGAAAGUUGGGGUUCAUCCCUUGCAUUGAGUGGUUCAGUUCCAAUGGCCUCCCCCAAUCACCAUGUUCGAUACUCUGCCUUGCCUUCCAUUGGGGUUACAUACACUGUUCAGGACCCAAGCCCACCGUCUGAAUCGCACCAGCAAACCUUGGAAGCCAUGUAUAGCCCCUAUGGUACGACACAAGUGCUCGCGGGACAUAGCGGAGGGAUGGGGACACAGGCGGGACCUUGUUUGGACACAACUCCAUUGGGUAUUCGAGGUGGUAUGCUCCUUGGAUCAUUGAAUGAGGCUGGAUGUUAGAACCGGUGUUCUUGCGUUAUGCCUCCCUGCUCGUAUUCAGUUUGCACCUUACUCCGGGUAGACAGACCAACAAAGGAUAUUUAUCAUUCAUAUUCGUCAGAUUUUUUGUUUUCGUGAUUGACACAUUCGCCUCUUGCGAUGGUUUCCCUUGAUACAUAAC